UGUUGUCUGCGCCUUGCUGAUUAGUCCAGGGGAGCAACAGCACGGAGAGAGCCCCAACACAGCGGCAGCUGAAAAAGCAGAAGCUGCCACAAGGCAGAUCCACCCCAGACAUGAGCACCCUCUACUUGUGGGAUCAGCUGCGAGCCGGCAGCUCCGAGGUAGACUGGUGCGAAGAUAACUACACUAUCGUGCCCACGAUAGCCGAGUUCUACAACACGAUAAGCAACAUCUUGUUUUUUGUUUUACCACCCAUAUGUAUGUGCUUAUUUCGUCAAUAUGCAACCUGCUUCAACAGUGGAAUAUACUUAAUAUGGACUCUGCUAGUUGUUGUUGGAAUUGGAUCUGUCUAUUUCCAUGCUACACUCAGUUUCCUGGGUCAGAUGCUAGAUGAGCUGGCUAUUCUUUGGGUCCUGAUGUGUGCUCUGGCCAUGUGGUUCCCCAGAAGAUACCUCCCAAAAGUUUUUCGAAAUGACAGGGCAAGGUUUAAAGCUGCAGUCGGUGUCCUUUCUGGAGUUACUACAUGCCUUGCAUUCAUUAAGCCUGCUAUCAACAACAUCUCAUUAAUGACACUAGGUGUCCCCUGCACGGCUCUGCUUAUUGCUGAGUUGAAGAGGUGUGAAAAUUUGCGUGUGUACAAGCUGGGCCUCUUUUCAGGUCUUUGGUGGAUGUUAGCACUUUUCUGCUGGAUCAGUGACAAAGCAUUUUGUGAGAUCUGGUCUUCAUUUAACUUUCCGUAUUUGCACUGUGUAUGGCACAUCCUCAUUUGCCUUGCUGCUUACCUAGGCUGUGUCUGUUUUGCCUACUUCGAUGCUGCCUCCGAGAUCCCUGAACAGGGCCCUGUCAUAAAGUUCUGGCCCAGUGAAAAAUGGGCUUUCAUUGGUGUCCCCUAUGUCACCCUCCUCUGCGCACAUAAGAAAUCACCUGUGAAGAUUACAUGAAAUCAAGCACCUAGUGGAGGGGACAAUCUAUUUAUUUUUUCAUCACAGACUGUACUUAGGUAAAGGUAGUGGCUAGGGUUGUUUUUUCUGACUACUAUGCAUAUGGUGUUCACAAGUGUUUUGUUAAUACAUGGUAAAAUAUGACCUUUCCUCACUUUUCUGGAGAGGAGGCCAGAAGGUUUAUUGUGGUGCUCCUGAACAUUUAUAUUAGAACUCUGUAUUGACACUGGUUGGGUUUGUUUUGCACUCUGUUUUUGAUGUAGCAUCCAUCAUGAUAUACCGGUAAUUCUUUCCAAAUAUCAAAGUUAAGGCUAUUUUUCAAGGUUGGCCAAAACAGCUGACUGUAAGAGACUGAUUCUCUUUUCAUGUUGGUUCUGCCAGAGCUCUAUUUAGUGAAGGAACAGUGAGGGGGACAAAGGUGCCUUUAAGCCAUCUUUGUGCCUCCUCUAUUCUGUGCCCAGCUCCGAGUAUACGUUAGAGCAAUCUUGAGCGUGCUUUAAUUUGCACCUGGAUGCAUUUAGCCAUAAGUUGUCAUAGUGGUAUUCCAGCGAUGUUUUUUUCCAAAGUCAUGUCUCCACAUGUGGACUGCAGAGGGGGGUAGUGUAGAGCCAUUGUGGCAGCUCUGCACUGCAUGGGAAAUUCCCCAGUAGCUAAAUACAUUAGCAGAGCUGCAGAAGAGGAUGGCAACAAAGGAAAAUCGGACCCAGAAUUGUUACACUGGUGUAAAACAAGAGUAAGUGAGACAAGGAACAGGCCUUAAAUCCAAAUAAGAAAUUCAGGAACCCUAAAUUCCUAAUGUUUUCCUCAAACAGUUCAGAAUGGAAUGACGGUGUCUUUUGGCUAAAUUAUCUACAGGAUGCUAAUGAGUAUCAGCUUGUGUGGGGUGUAGCGGAACCUGGUAGCCAUUACAAACGUAUUUAAAAAUGUAUAUAUUCCCAAUAAGCAUAUGAAGAUAGUUAUAAAAAUCCCCUUCUAUCUCUGGGCUUAAACUUUACCACAUCUGGAGAAAAAAGAUUAAAGGGUGAGACUUUCAAAAGCAUUUGAUAUUGGCCUAACUGCUCCCACAAAAUUAUAUGGGAGUUGUACCAAUAACUUCAAUGGGAGCAGUGUUCAGCCAAUACUGAGCAGUUUUGAAAAUCCCACCCUAAACUAUUAACACUAAAAUUUGGAUUAAACUAUUAAUAAAUAAAACAAAACCCUAGACUCCAAGUCCAGUUGGUGAGAGUUAGUUUCUGACUAAAGCCUUUCAAGUAGAAAUGAAUGCAGUUGUAUCCUAAUGCCCUAGUAGUUGUAUUUAGUAAAGGUAAAUGACCACUUAAAAUCAUAUUUAGGGCCUGCAUGUCCUUCCAAUAAGCAGUGAAGUUUAAAACUUCAGUGACCUUACAUUCUUUGAAGGAAUGUGUGGUAUAAUUUUUGCCAUUUGUAUCAAGCUGUCUUGUAAAACAUUAGGGACAGUCCAAAGGGGUGGUAUCUGAAUCCAGUUUAGUUUUAAGGCUGCUGUUUGGUUUUGACUCCUAGUUAGGGCUAUGGUUGAAAGUCACUUGCACUGAAAUCUUGCAAGCUGUUUUCACAAGUUUUUAGGACAAAAUGAUGCAAGGAAGGAGUCACUGAUUUUCUGAGACUUCUACCAUCUUUAACUAUUGUGAUCAGCUGUUCUUGAGAGAGAGGGUCCUUACUGUUUGAGAUCCAAAUCAAUACCAAAACUGUAGGGGUGGGGCUUCAAGGAAUAGGAUUUGAGGUUCUGGUUUUGGCCUGCCUCUCUAAAAUAUUCAACUUCUAAGCAAUAUCUUACUUUGUCACCAAUACUAGGCGCCAAUGUGAUAUAAUCUCUAAUGUAAUAUAGAAAGUUCCCCUCCAUUUAAAAUAUAUAUUGCUACUUGCAGUGAUAAAAGUUGAUCCUUAGUUUUACAAUAUAUAUUUUGAAAAAUCAAACUGAAGUGCUCAUACAACAUUAGUUUAUUCCAGUUUGUUAAAUAUGCAAAUAUAAUAAUUGUUAUAGCUGUAAUAAUUAUGCUUUUCCAGUUAGCUGAGGCCUUUAUUGCUUUACUUGGGAUCAAUUUGGGAGUUGUGAAUGUUACCCAGAUUUGGUCUGUAUAUAACCAGCCUCAGGGAUAUUUCUGUUUUAACCUUAUUCUAACACCUAACACUUAAUUUGGAUUAGAUGGGAAGUGUGUUGUGUAGUUUUAGGAAGCAAGGCACGGUAAUUUACGACAAGUGUUCCAGAGCUGUUUGGUGGAACCAACUCUUCAGUAUCACAUACUGAGGGCCUGAUUCUUUGCUAUCUUAUAUCAGUGUUGGCUCCAUUGGCUUGAGUGGAGUCACUUCUGACUUACACCGGUGUAAGCGAGAGGAGAACUGGGUCCUGGAACUUUAAGCAUUCUCUUACACUUGGCUGCUGUGGUCACAGAAAUGUACCUUAUAACAGUUUUUACUUGAGAAUAUGCUACUGAGAGAUGAAAACCCAGAUCCUCUGCUAUGGAAUGGUGCAGCUCUUGUGGAGCAGGGGCAAGGGAGGAUGUGCAAAGAUCUGCUCCCCCAGUGCUGGUCUGGAUGUAUGUUGGUCUGGUCCCCUGGUGUAGCUUAAGUCAGCCUCGAAGGAUCAGCUGGGUGUAGAGAAGCCUCAGCUAAACCUUGUAUCCCAACGGCAGGGCGGGGAAGGAGGGUGAAGGAGCCACUACCUUGAAUCUACACCAGCAGAGGGUUCUCAUAUACGAGGCUGUACCUCCCUUUGUCAGCUAUGCUAGACUUAGGGCCAAAAUAUGCCUGUGGUGAAGUGAAUAUUGCACACUGGAGGGUCUGAUACAAAUAGUCCUGUAGAAAAACAUAGACCAUUUCAGCCCAAAUGCUACUGAGUUCUUUAUUACAGAAAUACAAAGGGAGGAAGCAUCCCCAAAGUCUGAAGAAAGUGAUACGUCACACUAGAUUGAUCAGCCCUUCCCAUUUCAAGAGCCACUGUCUGUGCCAGAAUAAACACAUUCCUCUAUUUAUUAGAACAUGGUUCUAGAGGAAAGACAAAUAUAACACGGUAUGAACCAAAUCGUACUCUGCUCCAAUGAACACGUUAGUUUAAUUGGAAAAGUCAUUAGUGACUAAGGGGAUGAAAAGAUGCGGCCUGAUUCUCAACUGCCCUGCACCUUGUGUUAUUAUUUCCACCAGUGCAAAGUGCUACCAAAGCACUAGCAUCAAUGCAAAGUGCUACCACAACACUACUAUCAAUGACCACAUGAGAUAUAGGGCAGUUGAGAAGCAGACACCUGAAAGCCAUAAACUCUUUCCCAAUCAGUGACUCUUUCAAUCUUCUUAAAUUACAGUGGGGUUUUUUCUCUCUCUCUCCUUGCAGUUUUCAGAGUAGGAGCCGUGUU